ACUCUUCGACAAACCCAAUCUCCACUUGGGAAAUCUUGACUACGUUUAUUUCGUUAAUUAACACCAAAAAAAAAAGAAAUGUUGUCCAUGGCAGCAAGUUACGCACACCUAGAGGUCAAGCAGAAGAAUCAGAAGGAAAAGAUGAAAAAGAGAGUAAAGGAGAGAAACUCCGGCCACGAUGCAGCUCAUCCCCUCCCUGUCGAAACCUCUUCUGUCUCCGGAAGGAUUUCUAAUAAAAUAUAUCCUUCUCGUUUAUCUGAUGAACAAGUAGAGGCCAAGUCACAAAAGUGAAAUUCAAAGUCAUGAAAUUCUUAAAGAGGUUAUUCAAGUAUUUUUCUUUGUGUUAGCAUUUAAUUAUGUUAUCUAUGUAUGUAUUUGUAUGCGUGAUGUGUCUAAAACGUAUCUUGGUCGUGUUUAUACUUUUGUGAAAGUGUGUGCUAUUUGUGUGUUAUUAUGUUUUCAAAUGUAAAAGACUAUUCCAUUGACAUACGCCCAUUGCCUUUUGGAA